AUGAAUAUACUGUGGCCUCUGUCGGUUUACGCCGCCAUUCAGGCUCAUCUAGGACUUCCGCUGCUAUUUCCAGGGGAUGUCGCAGCGUGGGAUGUUGUCAAGCAUCAGUCGAUGUCCACCUUGAUAGCAUACCACGCUGAAUGGGCGCUUUUGACUUCCCAGGCUGGUAAUCUAGCACUCAACCAGUGUGACGAUAGUGCCUUCGCCUGGGGAAAGUUUUGGCCAACGCUUGCCGAUUGGUACCAGACAACCGCAAGUGGGCCAGCAAGCGAUGCCGAUGCAUACACAACCAUUACCAUGCCUUACCCUGUCCCACCUCGUGGAUUCGGCGGACCUGGUAUUGUGAAAGCUUCAUUCAGUUUUCUUGAGUGGAGCAAAAAGCCUGAGGUAUUGGCAGCUUGGGAGGUAUUGAAAUCGAAGCAUGGGCUCAAGUAUAACCCCUUUGGUGACAGGGCUAUGGAUGCUUUUGGCCUCAUCAACGGGGAGCUUCUUGGAGGAUGGGGUCGAGUCAUCAGCAUGGACCGCAAUCGCCAGUUGGGUUGGCAUGGCUUCGUGUGUACAAAAGAAGCUAUCAAGCAGGUGCUGACUGAGAUGGCCAGUCUUAAGAUGGUUCCUCCGAUGUUGGCUUGA